AUGACCUUAUGUCAUAUAUUCACUACAGCGGAUAUAAUGCUCUGUACAUCAUCAAUUUUAAAUCUCUGUGCAAUUGCAUUAGAUCGUUACUGGGCUAUUCAUGAUCCCAUUAAUUAUGUUCAUAAAAGAACACUAAAAUUUGUAUGUCGAACAAUUGCUGUGGUUUGGUUAGCGAGUGCAUGUAUUAGUGUGCCACCGAUAAUCGGUUGGAAUGAUUGGUCAAGUGAAAGUUUAAAAACUCAUUGCGAAUUAACAACUGAAAAAGCAUUCGUUGUAUAUUCAGCUAGUGGUUCAUUUUUUGUGCCUCUUGUUGUAAUGGUUAUUGUUUAUGUUAAAAUAUUUCUUGCCGCACGACAGCGAAUCAGGAAAAAUUGGA